CAGCACGUGACUGGAAACACUGAUGACGUCUCUUCACUGGUGGCCCUUUAAACAGGGCUCCUACUGUGACGUCACUAACGUUCUAAACUUCUAUGUAAGGUUUCAGGAUCACACUAAAAAGCCUCUCACACACACACACACACACACACUCACUCUGUCAGACGCAUCGAACGCUCGUGACCGUUUCACUGUUUCUUUGCGCUGAUUGACAAUCAUUUCGUGCACAAGCAUGAACAAGGGAGAAGAAGACUGCUACUUCUUCUACAAUGCCGUGUGCAACAAGGGCGACCGGUGCCCUUUCCGGCAUCGCAAGGCCGCCGUAGGGAGCAGGACCGUAUGCAGCCUCUGGCGGGAGAACCGCUGCUUCCGCAAAGCCUGCAAGUUCCGGCACACUGAACUAAACGACGACCGCAAAGACACCUACUGCCACUUUGAGACCCGGCCGAACGGCUUCCUCAGGGUGGACUGCAGAUUCUAUCACGUGAUGCCACGUGCCAUCGACGGACUGCACUUGCCGGCCGAUAAAGGACCGGUUCCAAAAGGACGCUGUGGCGUCAAGGCUCGCCAGCAAAAGAGCAUCACCACCAGCAGCCGACCCACUUCCAAGAAGAACAGAGACGAAUCGACUGCAGACGUGGAAAAGAGCCACAAGCGCAGGGCCGUCUCUCCUGACCCAGAGGAUGGCAAGAGACCACAGAAGCGGGCCAAGGCCUGCGGGAGAAAGACGGCGGAAGGAAAAGCGAGGCCCGAGUCCGACGUGGCGACGACGCCCGCCCCGGUGACGUGCGGCCGGAAAAGGAAAGCUGCAGCCACAUCCGCACCAUCGUCCAAGCGCUUUAAGGCCAGAUGCCUGGAGGCUAAAAUGGAGGCUCUGGUGCGCCAGUUUGAGGCGCUGUCUCUCGGCCCGUAGCCAGAGCACGGCCGGUAACUAUCUGAACAUUUUCCGCGUCUGCUGUUUUCAAAUUCACUACCUGAGAAAGAGGUUCGAAACUACCGGCUCAUCUCCUGACAGUUCCCUUACGUCUCCGCGUUAUGUUCCAGGUGGCUCCAUGAGAGAUCAGGAGAGAAGACGACGCACGUCCACCCUUCAGCCCCACCGCCUCGAUGUGUGAAGCAAUAAAGCACUUUAUAAACACA